AUGCCGCGCGCUGCCCGGCGGACAAAAAUUGGAGAUAUUGGGUCGUUCUUGGAAGAAAUUUGUGACGAGUUGAGAGAUGCUAUACAGAAGGAGGUUGAGAAAAAACGGGCAAUUUUUGACAGGUACCUACAAACGAGGGUGAACUGGUUGCGCAUGGCAAUGAUGGCCGAACCGGAGGAGCGGUUGGACAUGAACUAUCUCAGUUACUGCCAGGUGCAUGACCCUGAGGGUCUGCCGGAGGUUGGUGUUUCUGACCGUCCCUUUAUACUUUUCUAUUCGGACAACCGGUGUUGCCACACAUUUUUUCCAAUAGGCGGCCUUGAAUGACGAAUAUCGUGGUUCUUGCAGCGUCAAAUAAUCCAUGAUUUCACUGACACCGCUACUGCCUGCGAUAAUAAAUGUUAAAGGGACCGAAGGAACCACAACUUCCAAAUCUAACGGCACCAAAGCGUGUGCUGCGAACGCAUACUGAUUCGAUGCUUUUGGCGUUCGAAAGAUGUAUUGUGUGAUGUCCUUUUAACAGCCUACCACCGAAGGCAAAACUCGCUCGGACGAAUUUUCGUCUCAAAAAUAAGGUUUGAUGAGCUUCGGUGGUCAUUACCUGUAGGUCCAGAGGAUUUCCAAAUACCACUUUAUUCCACUACAAUGAUCUGCUAUGGUCGGUGGUUGACGGAAACACAGCAGAUUUGUUUUUAACGAACAGAAACGACAGAAUUAAUGGUUUGGAACUAAAUUCGUCAAAAGCUUCGGUAAUUCCGCCCAUGUAGUACCCAGUGACACUUAAAACCAACGAACGGUGAAGGAAAAAACUAACUUGGAUCGCAUUUGAGCCAGUUUAUCAACAUUGAUACUCAAACAUACCUAGGCUCACUGAAACUUGCAUAGGUGAUCUGGAAAUGCAAUCUCAAUGUUUGGAUCUCACUUGUUCUGCUUGGGACCGAUCAUUGACUUAUCUAGGUGUGAGAGUUCUUUUGAUUUGUCUGCCAAGCCAUUCUAUGCGCGCCAUGCAGUUUGUUCCACAACAAAUCUAGGUUUGUUCUAUUAUAUACCGUUUUAGCUACCGUUUCUGGUGUUAGAUUUGUCCGGUGUUGCUUUCAAUCCUAUUUUUAUUGUUAAUGUGGUUACAGGUAUCCAUACAAAAUUUCGGACUAUGAACAUAUCAUGCCAGUCAACAUGAAU